AUGACUGACAAUAUAGAUACUAUUAAAAAAUGUUGUGGGUGCACUCCUCCUUCAGGUGAUCAACAACAACAAACUCAAUCGAUUGAUCUUUCUGUACACUCUCACCAUGGUAUAUUGUUUAAAUGGAUUGAACAAUUCAAAUUCUCUUAUGGAGUCAUUGAUCUAAGAGAUACUAUACAAUACCAAUCCAAACAUAUCAAACAUACUACUUCUAUACCUUUUAAUGAACUACCUAUUAGAAUAUUUGAAUUACCUCCAAGAGGACAAGAAGAAGAAUAUAUUGUAACAAAAGAAUCAUUACAACAAGUAAUGAAUGAUUUAGCAUUUAGAUCUGGAUAUAUUAUACACUUUGUCAUUAAUUUAGAGGAUGAUAGUCAUUUAUGGCAAAAAUUAACAAAACUAGAUUUAGUACAAAGUGGCAGUCAAUCUAGACUAUUAUGGCAAGCUUGUAGCUUUUUAACAGAUUCAAUUCAAGAAGUUGAAGAUUCCUUAAGAAAAGAAAAAGAAAAAUCAAGUAUGACUACUACUAAAGAGUCUAUUGAGACUAUUAUUACAGCAUUGGAUUUGGGAUGUGGAUCUGGUAGAGAUUGUUUAUAUUUGGCUCAACGUGGUGGAUGGACGGCAGUUGGAGUAGAUAAUAGUGAUACUUUGCUCUCUAAAAUGACAGAGGCUGCUAAUCGAUAUAAUCUCAGCGAUAGAAUUCAAUCAUACAACAUUGACUUGGAACCUGUACAAUCAGAUGAACCAUACCAUGAUACAGACUAUAGUAACCGACAACUCAAAUCAACAACUAAAGAAGAUUUGGAAAAACUCCAACAUCUUGAAGCCACCCUUUUAAAUCUAUCACCCGGUCAAGAGGGAUAUGAAUUGGUCAAUGUAGCAAGAUAUUUGUAUCGACCUCUACUACCAAUCAUAGCAUCGAUAGUCAAACCUGGUGGAUUUGUUUUAUACCAUACUUUUAUGGUCCCAUCGAAUGGUAAACCUAAACGUCCUCGAUUCCUACUAAACUAUAAUGAAUUAAAAGAAAGAUUCCUAUCAUCGAAAUUUGAAAUUAUUAAAUAUCAAGAAACUAAAUUAUUAGAAGAUGGUAGACCCGUACAAUUCCUUUUAGCAAGAAAACCUAUCAAUUAG